UAGUCAGGACUUCCUGCUCCCAGACAAUAGCGCUGCAUUGCUAACACACGCAAACAGUUACAUGGAGUCAACAGGAAAUCUUUUGGUGGAGACGGUGGGGACCUCGACUGGCUAUCGUAGCCUGCAGGGAAUCGGCCGUCAGACAUUCUGUCGCAUGUCCCAGACCCGGUGAAAUGUAACUGAAUUGUCUUGGCCAGGCCUAAGGGUCCCAUCUGCAUCUCAUCAUUGCUGAGGAGUGUGCUCCCAUCACCCAAUCAAGCAUCCAGCCAGAGCAGGUCAUGAUAUAUUUUUUACCAUAUUAACAUGCCAUUGUGCGUCAUGCCUGAUGUAAAGACUCUCGUCUCUGCGAGCCUACCACACAGAUUUAAUACUUGUCAUUUUUAGGGCAUACCUAACAACGUGUUUUCUUUCUCUCUCUCUCUCUCUCUCUCUCUCUCUCUCUCUCCCCCCUCCCCCCCCAUCUGUCCCUCUGAGUUACAUGUUGAUCCUGGGAUUGAGAUGCUGGCCUCUUCUGCCCCUCGGACCUGCUUGAUCCAUCCUGGUGCCCUGUGUCUGGUCGGAGUUUUAUCGCCCCACUCCUGUGAAGGACGGCCCCAUGAGGACAGUUGAGGGUUAUACCUGUUAAAACUGUUAAUAUUAUAGUCAGGCUGUCUGUUGUUGCCCAAAUGAGGAUGGGUUCCCUUUUGAGUCUGGUUCCUCUCGAGGUUUCUUCCUCAUGUCGUCUGAGGGAGUUUUUCCUUGCCACCGUCGCCACAGGCUUGCUCAUUGGGGAUAGAUUAGGGAUAAAAUUAGCUCAUGUUUUAAGUCGUUCAAAUUCUGUAAAGCUGCUUUGCGACAAUGUUUAUUGUUAAAAGCGCUGUACAAAUAAACUUGAUUUGAUAUUAUAGCAGAGUUGAAAUCUUCACCAGGUUUAUUUUUAAUUAAAAUCUGUAUACUGAACUAUGUGGUGUUCUGACUUUAAACAUAAAAAAUGGAAAUUUUAAUGUAAUAAAAACGAGUUUUGUGAAAUGAUCGAAGUUUAAACUCUCCGGUUCUUUAUUAAGAGUCAGUGCUGCUGUAAUCUAUCGAGACUAACAGUUAUUUUAUUAUUCUUUGUAAGAACUCAUCACUACAGCAUGUAUUUUAAAUAAUGAGUAAGAAAUGAGUGUUGGUUUGUACAUUCGAAUUUUAGACACGUUAUUAAAUUAAUGACCUUUAAAAGCGACACCGCUCCUGUCCAGCUGAUAAACUCCAUCCUCACAGGGAACUGAUCCACACCCUCAUGGAGGUUAUUAGACCUUUAUUUCUGUGAUAUGAUUUUGUUUCGCAUUCAGCUCUGUCCUGUCUGUUUUUCAGCGCUUGUCGGGUGUGUUGGGAAACGAACCACUUUAAGACAGUUGGCUGAAAAAAAAAGAAGCUCCUCUAACUUUCUCACUGUGUAAAACUGUCUCACAGCGCUGGUGACGUUACACUUUCUCACACUGAACACUUUUUUUUUUUUUGUCAGUUUGCUGUCACCUUCACUCGACCCUCUGAUUUUCUCUCUAUUGGGAGGAGUCAUGGAGAAAGGUGGAGUUGUGGAGAAGGGAGGAGUCAUGGAGAAAGGUGGAGUUGUGGAGAAGGGAGGAGUCAUGGAGAAAGGUGGAGUUGUGGAGAAGGGAGGAGUCAUGGAGAAAGGUGGAGUUGUGGAGAAGGGAGGAGUCAUGGAGAAAGGUGGAGUUGUGGAGAAGGGUGGCGAGAUGGUGCGAAAGAGCGAUACUGAGUUUCCAGUUAGUGAGCAGCAAACAGGUGAUGAUGAGGCUGAGUCAGUGGCCAUGCAUUUGUGUGAAGUGUGUGGUACGUGUUUUGAGACGAGGCGAGGGUUAUCAAGCCAUGCCCGGUCUCACCUGCGUCAGUUGGGUGUGUGUGUGUCAGAGAGCAGCGGUGCCCCCAUCAGCCUGCUGUAUGAACUGAUCACUGAGAGGGAUGGGGCUUUGCCCUUUACACCCAAACACUCACACAGCACCACCGCAACACACACCAAACUCCAAACCAAACACGGCAGUAAACAUGGAGCCAAACAUGGUUCAGGAACCAAACUGAAGAUCAAAAUUGGUGAAUUGGUGAAGAGACAGUGUGUUCCUGUCCCUGCAUCACUGAAAGACGACUCCUCCUCUUCCUCCUCACCCUCAUCAUCUCCACUCCAUCACCACAAACCACCCAAGACUCCACCCAUUCUCCCAGCUCUGUCCAAACCACUGGGAGCUCCACAGGAAACGGACACAUGCCUCGACCUGAUGGAUAUUUCAGGUGUGUCCCAUCGUGAUUGUGUACAUGUGUGUGAAUUAUGUGGGGUGUGGUAUGAGACAAAGAAGGGCCUCACCAGUCAUGCUCGAGCUCACCUGCGCCAUUUUGGAGUGGAGUUGGACCCUAAAGCCCCACCCAUACAGGUGCUGCAUGAUCUGCUCCAAAAGGAGGUGGGACCAAUGGGUCAGGACCCUGAGGAGCCCAUAGGUCAAGACCUCCCCAUGGGUCUGUUAACCCCGCCUCCUGUUAAAAAGAAGAAGAAGGUCUCACUACCAAGAGAGAAAACACACAGAGACAGUGGUUCAUCAAAGACUGCAAACUGUGAGUUCUGCGGAGAAAAUUUUAAGAAGACUCAGAGUUUGGCGAGCCAUGCCCGCUCUCACCUGCGCCAACUCGGUGUCACUAAUUGGACCGCUCACGGCUCACCGAUGGCGACACUCAGAGAGCUGAUGGCUCGUCGUAGCUGUAGUAGUAUACCUCAACCCACACAGACCACACCCUUGACUCAAGCCGAGCCUCCAUCUGAAGCUCCACCUCUUCCUGCAUCAGGCCCUUCCCAAUUGCCCAAGCUUCCAUCUGAAGCUCCGCCUCUUCCUGCACCAGGCCCUUCCCCUUCCCAAUUGCCCAAGCCUCAGUCUGAAGCUCCACCUCUUCCUGCACUGGGCCCCUCCCCUGUCCGAGUGCCCAAAGCCAGAAAGGGCUCGAGGCUGGUUGUGUCCAGACUGAAGGAUGAGCUGGUGGAGUUGGACAUCUCCACUGGAAAAUCUACCAAAACAAAAAUUACACCUCCAAUUCAGCUGAAUUUAACUACUGUCCAAUCAGCUGCUGAUCAGACCACAGUUCCAGCCAAUCGGAAUCUAAUGACAGGCCCCCAGGUGGAGGUGAGUGUGACCGAACCUGUGAGGUGUGAUUACUGUGGUGAUCUGUUUGAUAGCCGCAAAGCUCUGUCGUGCCACGCCCGUGCUCAUCUGCGCCAACUGGGAGUGAAGUGGGCACCGUUCGCUUCACCCAUCGACACAUUGUAUGAGCUGAUGGUCCGAGAGGGCAGAUGGCAGGGGUCAGAGGCGACACCGUCACCUGUGGACUUCUGCAGAGAGAAAACGGAGACAGACGGUGCCAGUUCAGAUGCUGACCGACGGAGAAGAUGGAUAGCGGCCAUAAACAGGAAAGAUUGGCAGCCCUCGGCAUACCAGCGCUUGUGCAGUGACCACUUUGUUGGAGUAUGUGAAGCUACGUGUGAGCUGUGUGGAUUUGACUUUGAGAACAGGAAGGCAUUAGCCAGUCACGCACGUGCUCACCUCCGCCAGCAGGGGGAGCAGUGGAGCUCCAGCCAAUCGCCAAUUGUUGCCCUCAGUCAGUGGAUGAGUAGAGAGCCUGAGAAAGUCGCUGCCCUUCAUCAGCUCUACAUGCAGGGGACGUUACCGCACAUUCGCAAGAGGCGUGUCUGCUCUCCAGUUCGAGCCUAUGGUGCGAACUCCGCCCGCUCUGGUGUGAGCCGACCCUCCCCUGCGGCUCGUCAGGGUAAAACUGGGCCGGGCCUCUCUUGCUCUUCCUCCUCCUAUAGGAAAUUGUCAUCCCAUCGUCCCACCCCCCACUCAGCUGUUGAACAUGGCUCUGAACGUCGGCCUCCUAAACUAUUCCCUCUCAGAAUGGAGGGAAUGUCUAUGAAGCGUGUGGGUAAUGCUCCUUCUCUGGUGCCCCGCCCACCUGAAACCAGUCUUGUUAAACUGGUGGGAAAGAUUUAUUCACUGAAGUGCAGGUUCUGUGAGCAGGUGUUCAGUGGACCCCUGUCUGUGCAGGAAGACUGGCUCAUCCAUCUGCGACAACACAUCCUUAAUCUCAAACCAGACCAUGCCCGUAGCUCUGCCCCUAUCUUGCCCCAUUCAGAAUCUGCUCAGCUGAUUGGUCAGGCUGUGUAAUGAGGUGGGGCAGCUCCACACUCGGUGGUUUUAAUUUACUGUCUUAUAAUGUGUUUUUACAACUUUUUUAAAUAAAGAAGAGUAGUGUACAGGGGUUGGGGUAGUGAUGCGAUGGACACUACUGAUGAAGCCUAUGAAAGGCGCACCAGCUGAAUGUACCCUAACCCUUUCAUUACCUUUUUUCAUGAUUCUUAAAAAAGUGUUUUAAACAGUGUGAAAUGACUCCUCUGUUACACCGACAUGCUGUGUGUGUGUGUGUUGAUCUAUACUCAGAUGUCCAGGACCAAAAUACUGAUUUUUCUGUUAUUUGAAGUGUUUAAUGCAGUGAAAUGUCAUUUGUACAUCUACACAAUAAAAUCUCCAUUUCUACA